AAAGAGUUCAUUAGUUCCAUGGAAACGCAGGGUAACAGUUCGUGACAACCGUUCCGAUCAUGGAAUUCGCUUGAACGAAAACAAAACGCGUUGGCUCUUCGAUAAUAAAUCGAAGAAAUAAUCGCCACUGCCGCCGAUCAGUAAACCUAACCUCACGAACGCCCCGGCCCUGUCAGGAUUCGGUCACGAAGCGCUUGAUCGCGGAAUUGUGUAUUCGCGCAUGAUCAGAUGUAAUAUAAAUCUUUCUGUGUCAAAAGAAAAAUUCCUCCGCUGUGUGUAUGCCUUGAACGAUACUGUUAUCUGUGAAAGCGUCGCGAACGUAAACAAUACUAUUUCACACGUUAUUUUUAACAUUACGCGUUAUUUUCGUUUCGCCUAUUGUCGAGCCUGCUACAGUUAGCAAUGAUUACCGUCGAGGUUUGUUUUCGUGCGACCAGACGUACCUCCGUGUUCUCGAUAACGCGUCGUCGUCUGCAUGGCUCUAUUUACCUAACGUGUCUAAAUACCCGUUCCUCGUAAACCACCCCCCAUAGAUUCCGUUGAUGCAGAAAUGCAACGUACGAGUGAUACAUAUCGCGCGGCAAUUAAGUUUUAUUUACAUGCAGACUGAGCUGACGAGCAUAAACAUGGCCGUCGCGUUUUGUGAUGAUUACUCGUGCCAGUUUGAAUUCAAGGAAGUCCUCCGAGAAUGAAAAUAAUGGAUGGAACGCGUGCACCCGAGAUAUCCAGCCUCGAUAAUUUCGUCGGAAAUGGGUGAGAAAAGUAUCGAGCAUUGAGCGUGUCCAUUUAAAAGGCGCUACCGAAUUCAAUGCAGUGCACUUUCUAGGCUGUUGUCUGGGUGAGCAAUGAAUGUAUUCCGAAUUUUGACACCGUGUGUAUUGCAACGUAGACGACCAAAGGAGGUUGAUAAUUCCGAUAAAAGGGAUUGCUGGUUCGUGAAAAGACGGCGUGGAGAUGCUUCCUACAUGAUACAUAGAAUGGGUGCUUCUGCAUCGUCAAGCAUUACCAGUGUAGGUGGAGAUUCGGUCCAAGCAGCUAGACUUUCAUCCUCUGGUAAUCCACCUGAUCAACAUGGCAUUGCUAUCAGGGAAAAGAAGAAGAAAAUGACGGGGUUCGCGACGUUACGGAAGAAAUUUAUUCGAAGACGUCGGUCUUCAAAGGCCUGCGACCAUGGCAGGAUAAUCCGAGAUUUGGUCUCAACAUGGAGCCAUUUAGAAGCAACGGCGCUUCUGGAGGAGUACGAGGCGUUGGCUGCAUUAAAGGAUCUCCAUGUCCAAGCCGAAUUAGCUAGACCGCCGGCCGCCACAUACAAACAGGAUUUGUCGAUGUUGUACGACUAUAAACAUUGUUCUGAUGUGGAUCUCGUCUACCGAGGAGCGUGCUUCCCCGUUCACAGAGCCCUGUUGUCAGCCCGUUGUUCCUACUUUAGGGAUUUGCUGGCUGGAUGUCCGGGAUACGGUGCUAGGGUAUGCUUGGAGCUGAGAACACCAAAUCUCGAAGUACAAAUGUUUUCGGCAUUAUUGCGAUAUCUCUACACUGGUGAUAUUUGUCCACACGAUGCAGCCCUGGAAGCGAAUCUUUUGCGGCGACUGAGCGAAGAAUUCGGCACGCCAAAUCCGCUGGAACACGAUCUCAGAUAUCUGUUGGAUACCGGUGAUUACGCGGACGCCGCGUUAGUGUUCACAUCGGACAGUGAUUACCAGAGACCAGAUAGUGGAAGUUCAGAAUAUGGAUUCCGGCCAAAGUUAGAACUGCCAUGUCAUAAAGCGAUACUUUCUGCGAGAUCUCCGUUCUUCAGGAACUUAAUACAAAGACGGACUAGAUCUGGGGAAGAUCACACAGAAAGAGCGCUUCAUAUACCCACUAGAAUAGUUUUGGAUGAGAGUGUAAUACCGAAACGAUAUGCCAGAGUAUUGUUACAUGCAGUGUAUUUAGAUACAGUUGAUUUAUCGUUAAUUAUGAGAGGUAAUGGUUGCGGGAACAGCGCUGGUAGUCUCGGCGAGGUACAGGCUCUUACUCAUACUGGACGUGUUCGACCAAGCCCCUUAGAAGAAGCAAUGGAAUUGUACCAAAUCGGCCGAUUUUUGGAGCUAGAUAUAUUAUCACAGGGUUGUGAAGAUCUUAUUUUAGAAUACCUUACAUUGGAAUCGCUUCCAACCGUUUUGAAGUGGGGCAGUCAACCUCACGGAUCGGCAUGGGUACAUAGACAAGCGUUACAUUAUUUAAGGGAAGAAUUCCAGCCAGUCGCUUCGUCUUCUAUUCUCCAUCAACUGGAUCACGCGCAUUUAGCGAAUGUCUUGCAAAGCCAUUUCUUGCAAGCGAGUGAACUUGAAAUACUGCAGGCGGUACUCAAGUGGGGGGAACAAGAAUUGGUGCGUCGUAUGGAAGAUCGGGAACCAAAUUUGCUCAGUCAUACGGUGCACUCCGUGACAAGAAAGGGGUUGAAGAAGAGGGAUCUAAGCGACAUAGAGUUACGAGAGAUACUUAGCGAACUUUUACCACUUGUCAGAAUGGAUCACAUAUUACCUCCAAAUAGUGAAGCGCUGGCUCAGGCUAUUAGAAGAGGAUUAGUUUCAACUCCACCGAGUCAUAUGAUAGGGGAUGAGAGGGAAAAUUUACGGAUGAAUGCAUGGAUAAGGGGAGGGAAGAAAAAUGGAUUUUUUGUAAGGCCACGCCUGUUUAUGCCUUAUUACGAAGAAAUAAAGUCUUUAGUUGAGGAACAAAUGGUCCAAGAAGCAGAUUUAGUGAGAUUACGAAGGCCACGAUAUGUGGCCGAUAUUCCCGAUGCCUUGUACAUGGUUGAUGAGAAACCAAGACCAAUAGGUACAGCCGGCGUGGAUGUUUUAGCUGCAGCGUUUCCAGUUCCAGAUUCCGCGACCUUGGCAGCUAUGAUGAAGCGAGAGCAGAAAUUGAGGCAGUCUCCUAGUUGUCAGAGAGCUAUCAGUUUGCCGCUCUCAUCGCGACACGAAAUUAAUAGGCAAGUGCGACUACGUGUUGUGAGAGAGUUCAACUUACCUGAUACGGUGGCGGAUCUGCUGGAAAACACAGCCGCGUACAACGUGAAGGAGCAAAACGAGAGGCUGACCGACAUCGAAGACAUGGAUUCGCCGGGUGUGGGGAUCAACGCUAGAACAGCUCCGCCAUUGUGCUACGGAAGGAAUAUGACGUUCCCGCGGCCAGCCUCUUCUUGUACCCACAGGCACGAGCUUCCAGCUAUAGUCACCGAGGGUGAAAGCUGCAGACGUCUUGCGGAGCAACAAGAGAACAAUUCGUGUAGCGAUGGACAACUGUCGGGUGUGAUGCCAGACGUGGCGAUGGCGACAGCGUCUUUCGGUGCGUUGCAACUGAUAGAGGAACAGGAACUGGAGUUGGAUCUUGGAGACGGAGCUUCUCAUCUCCUGCAGCACGUGUCAUCGUCGAACGGGACAAUGGGUUCCCACAGGUCGUCGCUUCCUCAUCCACAUCAGAGGCACUACACCGGCCCGCCUCCUCCACCGUACAUGUACCAUCGAGCUGGCACUGCCUUACCAAGAUUUAUUUAAGAUUUCUACGAGAUAAGAGGACUGUAUGUAUGGCAACUGUAACCAACCCCUUAACCGGGUCGUUCGUCGCUCAACGAACGAAAUGGAAUCACCAGGUGUACUCUUCAUGUACUGCCAAGCUUGUUUUCUCAGCAGUUAGACUAGCAAAAGAAAUAUCUCUUGGUUGGUCUCGCCGAGGAUUCGAAUGAAAUUCGAUGAAUUUAGAGGUUGGAUAUUUUGAUUAAAAUCACGCUGCUUUCCGCGACCGUGUAGAGAACGCUUCUAAAAAACGUAGUCGUAAAUUAGUUUAGAAUUAUCAUUCUGUACUCAAUCAGAUCAGAGAGUACGUGUGUUACGAAUUGAAAGGUUCAUAACAAAAAGGACCCUUGUCCACGUUUAUCUUUCUUCGGGAUAGCAAAAGAAUACUUUAGCCCAUAUUUAACAUACUUCGAAACAGCAGGUCACUUUGUUAGCUCCUCGGUUAAUACAGUCGAGGUUCCAUUGUAUUCAAAAGAUCCGUAACCUCUUACUCGAAGCAUUCUACACACGGGUCGCAUAGUCAAAGUAUGCAUUAAAAAUGGAAUAUUCUAAAAGCAAUUCGUCCAAAUUUCAAUUGCAAUCUUCGACACCAAUCUCAGGGCCUUUUUCUUCGCUAAAGAAGUUCAAAUAUCCUAGAAGUAUUUCAUACUUCAGCGAACGCGAGUACCCGGCCCGUCACCUGCGCCAAGUGUUUGUCUUGAAUUAAUUUGUAAACGCCUAAAAGGUGAGACACUUUGUGCAGGCGUCGCGGCGGACAUUCGCGCGACGUGUGCGAAAUUAUUUACGGUCAACGAUUGACUCGUUGACGCGUUCGGUAUUGGUGGGACGUCUGCCUGGAGGCACUUCUGUGAUACACGAAGACGUACUUCUUGUGGUUCAUGUCGCGGCAAAGAUUAAAUCGCGCAACGUGUCGAUAAAAAGGAAACUUCGUUCUCGCGGGUACAAAUUUACUGAUACGACGAAGAAAGGAACAAUUGUACGUACUGUUUUAUUUAAGCGCAGCUUAACGAACGUAGAGGACCCCUUGAUUUCCACGAUACAUAUACAUGUACAUGUAUAUGUAAUAUAUCCAUACAUGUGAACAUAUUGUAUAUAAUAUAUAGAUGUACAUAGAUAUGUAUCUAUAUACAGAGUGUCUCGGGCUUAACAGGCUAAACAAAUUUUUUUCAAUAUUCUAUGGCUGCAACAAGGAUAUUACACAUCUGUUUGUUAACACUUUGUUUCGAAAAUUGAAAUUAUUACCUUCUGAAGCCCGUUUUGAUUUUGCUUCGUCAUGUCAGUUAAUACUUGUUCAAUCUGUGUCUAUAUCCUUUGAGGACAUUUAAAUGUGAGAAUCCAGUGGCGCGAAAUUUUAUUAGAACUUUUUAACAAAGGCAAAGUUUGGGCGUUAAAUCUCGAGACACGCUGCAUAUCUAUAAAUAUAAAUAUAUAUAUAUAGUAUAUAUAUUUAUAACUGUAAGCCGGAUUCGGGAGACAAUUCGAUCGUGGAAAGUUCAUGCUUGUUAGGUACAAUCAUGUAAUAAUAAAUGUAACUUCUAGGUGCAGACGCGUGCGAGAUGCAGUUAUGCAGCUGUGGUUCAUAUACGUACGGACGUCGUGUAUGCGCAUAGGCGUGAAUACAAAUUGCGUGUGACUGUGUAUGUAGCGUACACGAAUGCGCGAGCUCUCUAAGUACCAUAUAAAGUGUUAAUUAGACGAUUAUGUCGCCGAUGUUGCGAGAGCGAAUGAAUGAAUUAAUUGCCGAAUAAAACAAUACGAUGGGAUCGAAGUGUGUGUGAGAGAGAGAAAGAGAGGAACGAAUGAAUCUUUCGAGGGAGAACGAGAGAACGAGAGAAAUUGAGAAAAAUGAAGUAUAUGAAGUUGUGUAUCGUGAUGGAGUGGAAGAGAGAGUGAGGAAGAGGGAGAGAACGAAGGCCACACGGAACGUGCAGGUAUAUAUGAUCAGUGUUUCCGAACAGUCAUUGUUCUUUAUUUAAAAGGAGACGCCGCUACGGGGUAUGAUCUUUGCUAAUUCAUAUUACCUAUGAUAUUCAAUAAAAAUUAUUUAAAUAUUAGUAGAUGCACUUUAUCUUCGAGCAGCGUUAUCGUUAAUAAAUUAUUAUUUUUUACGAAUCGAUUUCCGGUGCGUGAUUUUUGCGUUUACAGAGAGGCGCGCGACAGGUCUCUGAACAAUCCUUUUUUUUUUUUCCGUCGAUUUUCCCUGUUGUUGAAACUUAUAUAAACGUAAUGUUUCGUAUUGUCUCGCCCGCUGUACAAUAUUUCGAACAUAUCGUGUUCAGAUAGUAGCCAAGAUACGUCGAUCCCUUGUUUUUCAAUGAUAAUUCGAUAGUUUGGUUCGUAUUUUGUCAUGGAAAACAACAAGACAGAAAUAAAAGGACGUUCGUUAAAAAAAAA